GCUAACUUACGCUAAGCUAUGAGGGGUAGUUGCUGUGGUGAAGGGGGAUACGAGAUAAACAAAGAUAAAACUGUUACGUUUGGUUUUAGGCCGGAUCUGGUUUCAUCUCGGUUUCGGUAUAUGUUUGGUAACUUCCACAGAAUCUAAAUGGGUGCACACUACUGUGCCAUUUGUAGACAAACAACAUUCAACGGGAAGGGACACAUUUUCGGAAAAACUCAUCAAAGUCGACUCAGAGUGGUUCUCCUUAAAUUCACAGAAAAGGUGAAGGAAGCUCGCCGAACACUUAAGAAACCCCAAGUAGAAAAGUUUGAUUGCACCCAGCACAAGCAGACAUUCUGGUGCUACUGCUGUGGGUGUGAAAUUGAGAAAAACGUUACAGAUGGCAACAUGACUGUCCUUUAUGGAGGCCUGUUAGAACACAUGGCCACCCCAGAACACAGGAAGAAUACACACAAGUUCUGGUGGGACAAUAAAGCUGACCCGAAGUUUAGAGACAAAGUCAUCGUCACAGAAGAGGAAACGGAAAGGUUUAAAGUUGAGGUGGCAAAGGCAUUGGAAUCAUUUGUGGAAAAGGAGGAUGAAUACAUUAAACAGCAUGCUGAGCAUAUACGAGCCCAGGAAAAGCAUCGCCAGGAGGUCUUACAGUCGCUUUUAGAGCGUGAUGCAGAGCCUGAGUUGUUAAACGGACCCAACGGCACAGACUCAUCUGUAGAGAACUCUGUCAGCUCACAGUUUAUGUGUCAAGGAUCAGACCAGCAGGCGGGGAGCAGCUUUGUCGACUCGAUGGGUGAAAUGCCGUGGACUCCAGCAGGACACGGCCUGACAUUCAUAGGUUAUCAGGAUUCAUCGAACAGUGGAAACGUUCAUACAGGUGCUGUCCCUCCUUGGCUCCAAGAUGAUCCUGUAGAAGGGACCUCCAGAACUGCUGCAGAGCCAGAGAUUGGCCCAUCACUCCACGAGUUCCUCAAACAUAAGGAGCAAGAGAAGCUGAGGAAGCUUCCUCCAAACAGAGUGGGGGCCAACUUCGAUCACAGCUCACAUACAGACGCCAACUGGCUUCCUUCCUUUGGUAGAGUGUGGAACAGCGGUCGACGCUGGCAGUCCAGGCACCAGUUCAGGCAAGAGGAAGGGCAGAAGCACAGACAGAAGAGGAGGAGGGAACAUGGCACAGAAGGGUCAAAGAAGAUAAAAACAACUGAUCAGCUGAACACUUAAAAUUUAGCAUGGCGUGUGAGAAUAGAGAAGUGAUAGUGAUGUAUAUAGUGUGUGACUUGUUAUUUAUGGUUAUAAUGAGUGUUUAAGGAGCUGGACUGGAAAUGUUUAGGUUGAUAAGACACCUGUACAUGCAUGGCAGUACAUGUAAUUGUAUUCAAACAUCUUUUCAAAAACCCAAAUUUCAAGUAUGGCUGUAAAGACAUUAAUUUUGUAUUAUAAGUAUUGGCUAUUCUUUAUUAAAGAAAAGUAAGCUCUGUUUUUUUUUAAAAAAAAUAAAAAAAAAUAAUCUGCAUGUUGCACUUAUAGUAUAGGUCAGGACAUUCAAACCAACUGGUGCUUAUUUAAUCAACUGUAAAGACUUUUAUCAAGUCCUGGUUUCUGAUCAGCAGUUUGCUUAUGCUUAGAUCUGAGGGCAAUACGACUGUUACAGCAAGUAAACAGAAGGGGGCGCAAGGAGCUAAACUAAAAAGCACCUUUGUGUGCCAAGAUGAAGCUAACACAGGCAUGGUGCAGUUUGUCAUUUUUAAUGAUAAGGUUCUUUUCUGUCUUUAUGUGACAGGAAAACGUAUGUGAUUGAAUACUACUGUGCUUUUUGAAGCAAUGCAACCGUGAAAAAUAAUACACAUAAUAAUAACAGCCGUUUUUACCAAAUAAUAAGGUUUCAUUUCCUUUUUCAGAGAAUGAAUUACUGGAAAAUGUUU